GGCAGGGGGAACAGCUCUCACAUUGGCUUCUCCUAACAGGCAGCUGGUUUCCUUCCCUUUCAGCUGCAGAGAAGACAGAUCACAGGCACUGACGGGACCGCGGGAGGUGCCAGGGCGGGCACAGUGAUGGUGGGGCAAGGUGGUGGGGAGCGCAGCGAGGACCCUCCUGUUGGGCUGCUAGACUUCCUGGAUGCCAAUGCAUCAUUAAGCCCAACCAAUGGAUCUAAAUUAAUGAAUCGUUGAGGACAAGACGUGAAGAUUCAAAUCUGUGAAAAUGAAGUCCCAGGCAGUCACGAUUUGCUGUUUAAUGUUAUUUCUGAAGACAGAAUGUUUUCCUCGUAGAUCUCAUCAUCACAUAGAAGAGGGAGAUAAACUUCAAGGUCCUGAAGGAAAGCUCAAGACGGGAAGGCUGCAAGAGAAAUGCCAUGGACCUUGCACCCCUUCUUCCAACUGCAGCCAGCCCUGUGCUCAGCACUUCCAUGGAGAAAUUAGAUUUACCUGUAAUGGAAAUGAGUGGCAGAAGUUAACUGAAACGUGUACAAGCCUUUCUGUGGAAACACUCUUUCAGGACUCAAAUAGCGCAACACGGCUUUCUGUGGCAGCCCCAUCUAUACCUGUACACAUCCUUGACUUUGGAGCUCCGGAUCCCAUCAAGAGUGUAGCUCAAGGCAUCCAAAAGAAAUGCCCACUUGAUUACACCUGCAUAAUUGAUGCCGUGAAGUCCGCUGAAGCCACGUCUGGAAAUAUCGCAUUUAUAGUGGAGUUACUGAAAAAUAUUUCUGCGGACUUGUCUGAUAAUGUUACCCAAGAGAAAAUGAAGAGCUACAGCAAAGUGGCCAAUCACAUCCUCCACCCAGCAGUCAUUCCAAACUGGGCUUUCAUCCCGGACAAAAACGCCAGCUCAGAUCUGCUGCAGUCAGUGACUUUGUUCGCCAGGCGGCUCCGCCUCCCCCAUGAAGCCGCGCACAUUGUGGACGAACUCUUUAUCCAGACCAAAGGGUUCCCCAUCGGCCACAACACUUCGGAGAGACGUUUCAACUUCUCCAUGAACGUGAACAACACCACAGAGAAUCUCCUAGGAAUGAUAGAGAUUCCCAGGCAAGAGCUGUGGCAGCUGCCACCAAAUGCCUCCCAAGCCAUCAGCAUAGCUUUCCCCACGCUGGGGGCCAUUCUGAAGGAAGCCCACCGGGGAAACGCAAGUCCUCCCAGGCCUGUAAACGGGCUGGUCCUUUCGGUGAUUUUACCCGAAAGACUGAAGCAAGUCUUACUCACCUUCGAGAAGAUCAACAAAUCCCGGAGAGCCCGGGCCCAGUGUGUGGGCUGGCACUCCAGGAAAAGGAGGUGGGACGAGAACGUCUGCGCAACAGCGUCGGACGUCGCCCACAGGGUGAAAUGCCGAUGCAACUACACCAACGCGGUGAUGUCCUUUUCCAUUCUCAUGUCCCCCGUAUCCGUAGACGACAAGGUCCUGGGCUACAUCACCUGCGUUGGGCUCAGCAUCUCCAUCUUUAGCUUGAUGCUUUGUCUGAUCAUCGAAGCCACCGUGUGGUCCCAGGUAGUGGUGACGGAGAUAUCCUACAUGCGACACGUGUGCAUUGUGAACAUAGCCGUGUCGCUCCUGACCGCCAACGUGUGGUUCAUCCUAGGCUCGAACUUGAACAAAAGGGCCCAAGACUACAACUGGUGUGUUGCAGUGACAUUUUUUAGCCACUUUUUCUACCUCUCUCUGUUCUUCUGGAUGCUCUUCAAAGCACUGCUCAUCAUCUAUGGAAUCCUGGUCGUCUUCCGGAGGAUGAUGAAGCCUUGCAUGAUGGCCAUUGGCUUUGCCAUUGGCUACGGAUGCCCACUGGUCAUUGCUGUCACCACCGUUGCUAUCACAGAGCCAGGGAAAGGCUACAUGAGACGUGGUGCCUGUUGGCUUAACUGGGACGAUACCAAAGCCCUUUUAGCAUUUGCCAUCCCAGUCUUGGUCAUCGUGGCUGUGAAUCUGGUUGUGGUUCUGGUGGUUGCUGUCAACACUCAGAGGCCCUCGAUUGGCAGUUCCAAGUCUCAGGACGUGGCCAUAAUUAUGAGGAUCAGCAAAAAUGUGGCCAUCCUCACCCCACUGCUGGGACUGACCUGGGGUUUUGGAAUAGCUACCCUCAUAAAAGGCACUUCAUUGAUUUUCCAUAUAAUCUUUGCCCUGCUCAAUGCUUUCCAGGGGUUCUUCAUCUUGUUCUUUGGAACCGUUAUGGAUCAGAAGAUAAGAGAUGCUUUGAGGAUGAGGAUGUCUUCACUGAAGGGGCGGUCAAGGGUAGCUGAGAAUGCAUCGUUAAGCCCAACCAAUGGGUCUAAAUUAAUGAAUCGUUGAGGAUAAGAUGCUGCCCCCCUCCUCAUGGAUGCCGUAUGCCCUGGACUGAGAAUUGAGUGCCUGGAGAAGAAGGCUGGAAUGUGGAGGAACAGUCAUGCUUCUCUGGAAGCCUCCCUCUUGCCUGGAGUGACACCUAAGCUCUCAGUGUGAAAGGUUUGCAGAGAAAAAAUGGAGGAGAACAUUUGGUGACGGCUUUAAGGAGGUGGGCCCUUCGAUCUACCCACGAAGUUUCUUGGUCAACGCUGGUGAGAUUAAGACUCAACCUGCAAGUCAAUGGACCUCCUCCCCAAGCCUGGGGCUCCUGUGGGGCUUGAUCUGCCUUUACCCUCAAGUUCAGUGGUUCCAAGGGCUCAGCCAGCCAUGCCUCUGUGUGGAUCCUGGGCAUUUUGGGGGACAGGGGCUGGAUCCAGGUUCAGGGGUUGGUUGGGGGUAGGAAUGGGAGGUGGGGUGGCCGGGGAUAUAUUGAAUCUACUUUGGAGUCAGUUAAGUCAUGGUAAGUUUCCUAAAGAUAGGGAACAGGAGAAAAAAAAUAAGGGGACUUUUUCAAAUGUUCAUUAUUUUACUCUAUUUUAGAACUUGAGCCAAAUAAUUUAGCUCCUAGGACCUUACUUUUCUUACUUGUGAAAUAGAAAAAAAUAUUCUUGUAGGCAUUAUUAUUGGUGUAUGCAUGUGUAUGU